AUGACGAUUACUGUGGGAGUUCUGGCCCUCCAAGGCGCUUUCUACGAACAUUUGAAACUCCUACGUAAGGCUGCAGCAAGCCUGUCGCCGAACGAACCCCAAAAAUGGAAUUUUAUUGAAGUUCGCACCCCGACGGAACUCGAACGAUGCGACGGCUUGAUCAUUCCCGGCGGGGAGAGCACUACCAUCUCCCUGGUUGCUGCUCGGUCGCAAUUACUCGAGCCGUUGAGAGACUUUGUUAAAUUCCACCGUCGGCCAACGUGGGGAACUUGCGCCGGAUUGAUCUUACUCGCCGAGUCGGCCAAUCGGACAAAGGAGGGUGGCCAGGAACUCAUUGGAGGCCUGGAUGUGCGCGUAAAUAGGAACCAUUUCGGCAGGCAGACGGAGAGCUUUCAGACCCCGUUGAAUUUACCCUUCUUGGCCGAAGGACGCCUGAAAAGCGAAGUUUCUGAUCAAGCGACGACUUUCAUGGGUGUGUUUAUCCGAGCUCCCGUCGUGGAGAAGGUACUCCCAUUCGUCAAUGACAUCCAGGUUGAGGAGCAGAAGCGGGAGGGGACAAUAGUGGCGCCCUCACGCCAUCCAAGGGAUCCAGUGGCACGGAAGGCAAUUAGUCACCAUGUUGAUGUGUUGGCAACGCUGCCGGGCAGGGCAGCUAAGCUUGCUGGGACGGGCGCAGACAUCCAUUCCGAGACGGAUGCGGGAGACAUUGUUGCAGUGAAACAAGGCAAUGUUUUUGGCACCAGUUUCCAUCCCGAAUUGACGGAUGAUCCCAGAAUCCAUGCCUGGUGGUUGCAACAGGUUGAGCAGGCGGUGUUAAAAUCGCGUGCCUCCCAGCAAUAAUGAAUGAAUGACAGUCGCAUGCGAAGAUGGCGGCUUCAACAACAAAUGAGAUACCCUACAUGAUGGAUUUCAUGGAUCUGUUCGAAUAUCUGAUAGAAAAAUCCCCCUUCACAUUGUGUACAUAGAAUAAUGUAGAGAUAACGCCGAUAUUUGCGCCACGAUAUUCCGACUCAGCCCACAAUUA